CCUGCCCGCCCGCCCGCCCGCCAUGCAGGCCCCGCGGUGGCGGCGCCUCCUGAGGAUCAAGGAGGGCAUACAGAGUCAACUCAGCUAGCUGAUUGUGCAUUAUACAUCAUGGAUAGACAUUGGCUCAGCUAUUUUUUAAUGCAUGUAUAAAAGAAAAAGGUUCAGAUACGGAGCUGGGUGUCAUUCCUGACAAAUGGAGAACUAUUUCCAGGCAGAGGCUUAUAACCUUGAUAAGGUUUUAGAUGAAUUUGAACAAAAUGAAGAUGCUGUUUCACCUACAUUGUUAGAUGCAAAGUGGAAUCAGAUUCUAGAUCCUCCUUCUCAUCGGCUGUCUUUUAAUCCAGCUCUAGCCAAUGUGAACGAAUCUACAAUUGUUAAUGAAUGUCCACAGAAAUUAAAGACUUUGUCCCUAUCUCAUUUAGCCUCUGGAUCAAGAGGUAGUGGUCCCCACUGUUCCAAUGGAAAAAAUCUUAAUAUGAGCCAAGAAAUCCCAAACAUGUGGAUUGAUGAUCAGAUGACAACAGAGGAUCAACUAAUAAAGAGAAAUGGUAAUCAAAGUGCUCACUGUAAUGUUGUGGAUGAAGCAGAGAGAAAAUGUGGCAAUUGUUUAUCAGAGGAAAAAAAUGUUGUAGUUGUAGCUGUCAUGCAUAACUGUGACAAGAAGACAUUGCAAACCGAUUCUUUGGAUUGUAAAAAUCACAUCGAUCCCUCCAUAAUGGAUACUGUUAGCUUUACACUGGAUAGUGAAACCCAAGAAGCUGAUCAUCUUGAUGUUACUAUAAAUGGGUCCACAGAGAAAGAUACGGAUACUGAAAAAGAAGUACAACCAAGCAGGCUGCAUACAGAGGAAGAUUCUGUUAAACAUUGUAUUGCUGCUGCUUCUGAUUGCUUAUCCAGUGGAUAUUCCUCUUCUCUGUUCAAAGAGAAAGAUAAUACAAAUAAAGACUUUGAGUUUUCAGAAACUGCAGCACCAGGGAUGAAUGUAUUUCCCUUGCAGAGAUCACUUGAUCCUAGCAUUAACAUUCAGGAAAGUUGUACAUCAAGCGAGGGUUUUGAUAUUGAUGUUGCUGCUCAGAGAACAGAACGAGAAACUAGAAACUGUUCACGUAGUUCAUGCAGUGGGGAUUUGUCCGUGGAAGCAGAGCAGACAGCCCAGCAGUCUCAGCCAGGGAUGUCUGAACUCUCUGCAAAUUGUCAGCUUAAUGCAUUUGAAAGUGGCAAUCACUGUGAGCAUUCUGGCAGGCAUUUGGAUUCUCAGGCUCCUAGUGCUCUUGAAAAUGAACCUGACAAAGCUGACAAAUCUGAAAAUAUUCUCUGCACAACCGACUUGCUCAAUAAGACAGUUUGUUUAUCAGAAUCUCAGGAGAUGGCAAAUGGUGAAUUGACUAAACAAAAUGAGAUGAGUAAAGAGCAAACACAGGGGGAGAAUGAAGAACACUUGCACACAGAGGAAUCUUGUGUUAAUAAUGGAGAUGGCAGUGAUAGUAUGGCAGAAGCAGGUUUUGACUUAAAGCAGGUAUCUGGAGAUGAAUCUGGAGAUGAAUCUGGAGAUCCAAGUCCUACUGAUGGCAGUGGAAGAUCAGUAUCAAGAGAUCUGCCGAACUGUUGUGAUUCCUAUGGAAUACAGAACUCAGUUCUUGCUCAUAUUCCAAAGACUUUGCCCUCUAAGGAAGACUCUGUGACUGAGGAAAAGGAGGUAGAAGAGAGCAAAUCAGAAUGUUAUAGUAAUGUUUAUGAACAAAGAGGAAAUGAAGUCUCAGACAGGAGUGGACUCAUUUUGAAUUGCACUGGUGACCAAAUGAAAAAAAAAUAUUUACAUAAUUUCUGUAAUCAGGUACCAACGGAAGCAAGUCAAGCAUCACCAAAACCAGCAGCUAACCUGCAACCUCUCAGUGUUCCUUUUGGUGGUGCCCGACCCAAGCAGCCUACAAAUCUAAAAUUGCAAAUUCCAAAGCCAUUAUUGGACCAUUUACAAAAUGACCUUGUUCCCCCAAAUAGUGUUAGUAACAGUAAAAAUAAAAAUGAUGUAUCUGGAAAAUCAAAAGUUUCAGAACACCCAGCAGCAAAUGUGUUUUCUGACGAAACAUCCCUGAAUGCCUCCAUUGUGGAUAUUGUGGGGGAGCAUUCAGAUGAGUCUGAGCCUGGGGUUUCUAGCAGUUCGUGCCUUGCAGCAGCCUCCGAUAGUCCAGACAAUGACCUUGGAGCUGGCCAAUUUGGAGUUCCUACAAGAAAGCCAUUUACUACUCUGGGUGAAGUAGCUCCAGUGUGGGUUCCAGAUUCUCAAGCACCAAACUGCAUGAAAUGUGAAGCCAGAUUUACUUUCACUAAAAGGCGGCAUCAUUGCAGAGCCUGUGGAAAGGUCUUCUGCGCAACCUGCUGCAGUCUAAAAUGCAAACUACUAUAUAUGGAUAGAAAGGAAGCCAGAGUAUGUGUAAUUUGCCAUUCGGUUCUCAUGAAUGCACAAGCCUGGGAAAACAUGAUGAGUGCCUCAAGCCAGAGCCCUAAUCCUAACAAUCCUGCUGAGUACUGUUCUACCAUUCCUCCCUUGCAGCAAGCACAGGCCUCUGGAGCCCUGAACUCUCCACCUCCUACUGUUAUGGUUCCUGUGGGAGUCUUAAAACACCCAGGGGCAGAAGUAGCUCAGCCUAGAGAACAAAGACGUGUUUGGUUUGCUGAUGGGAUCUUACCCAAUGGGGAAGUUGCUGAUGCAGCAAAAUUGACAGUGUCUGGAACAACUACUACUGGAGCACUGGCAGUCUCACAUGAUCCCAGCAAGCCCAUGAGCAACAAUGCCUCGCCAGUAGAGGCUGAAAGCACACUGGCAUUUUCAAGAAGUAAAACUCAGGUUGGAAGUCCAGUUGGCAGUGCAAUGAAUCUUAUUCCAGAAGAUGGGCUUCCUCCAAUUCUCAUUUCUACUGGAGUGAAAGGAGAUUAUGCCGUAGAAGAAAAACCAUCUCAUAUAUCCGUGAUGCAGCAGCUAGAAGAUGGUGGUCCUGACCCUCUUGUGUUUGUUUUAAAUGCAAAUUUGCUAUCCAUGGUUAAAAUUGUAAAUUAUGUAAACAGAAAAUGCUGGUGCUUUACUACAAAGGGAAUGCAUGCUGUAGGCCAAUCAGAAAUAGUAAUUCUUCUACAGUGUUUACCUGAUGAAAAGAGUUUGCCCAAGGAUAUUUUCAAUCACUUUGUGCAGCUUUAUCGUGAUGCCUUGGCAGGUAACGUUGUGGGCAAUUUAGGACACUCGUUUUUCAGCCAGAGUUUUCUCAAUAGCAAAGAACAUGGUGGCUUCUUGUAUGUUACUCCUGUGUAUCAGUCACUACAGGACUUGGUGCUCCCUACUCCACCAUACUUAUUUGGGAUUCUUAUCCAGAAAUGGGAGACUCCUUGGGCCAAAGUAUUUCCAAUCCGACUGAUGCUGAGACUUGGAGCAGAAUACAGGUUGUAUCCUUGCCCACUUUUCAGUGUCAGAUUUCGUAAGCCAUUGUUUGGAGAGACUGGACACACCAUUAUGAAUCUUCUUGCAGACUUCAGAAAUUACCAGUAUACAUUGCCGGUUGUCCAAGGCUUAGUGGUUGAUAUGGAAGUAAGGAAAACCAGUAUCAAAAUUCCCAGCAACAGAUAUAAUGAGAUGAUGAAAGCCAUGAACAAGUCCAAUGAGCAUGUUCUGGCAGGUGGGGCAUGUUUCAAUGAGAGGGCAGACUCUCAUCUUGUAUGUGUGCAGAAUGACGAUGGGAAUUACCAGACACAGGCCAUCAGCAUUCACAAUCAACCAAGAAAAGUGACUGGAGCCAGCUUUUUUGUAUUUAGUGGAGCUUUGAAAUCAUCUUCAGGCUAUUUGGCAAAGUCCAGUAUUGUAGAAGAUGGUGUCAUGGUCCAAAUAACAGCUGAAAAUAUGGACUCCCUGAGGCAGGCUUUGAGGGAAAUGAAAGACUUCACUAUUUCUUGUGGAAAAAUAGAUGCUGAAGAGCCUCAAGAGCAUGUGUACAUUCAGUGGGUGGAUGAUGACAAAAACUUCAACAAGGGUGUUGUGAGCCCCAUUGAUGGCAAAUCUAUGGAGUCGAUCACAAGUGUGAAGAUAUUCCAUGGCUCAGAAUAUAAAGCAAAUGGGAAGGUUAUUAGGUGGACAGAGGUUUUCUUUCUGGAAAAUGAUGAUCAACAUAAUGGCCUAAGUGACCCAGCAGACCACAGCCGGCUGACUGAGAACGUGGCUAAGGCUUUCUGCCUGGCCUUGUGCCCUCACUUGAAGCUGCUGAAAGAGGAUGGGAUGACCAAGUUGGGUCUCCGUGUUACACUUGAUGCUGAUCAAGUUGGCUAUCAGGCUGGGAGCAAUGGUCAGCCCCUGCCUGCUCAAUACGUGAAUGACCUGGACAGUGCCUUAGUUCCAGUAAUUCAUGGAGGAGCAUGCCAGCUGAGUGAAGGCCCAGUGAUCAUGGAGCUUGUAUUUUAUAUUCUGGAAAACAUCUCAUAAGAGGACUUCAUUUUCUGUUCAGACCUGUUCCAGUAGCAGUUGUAUCUGAAUCAUUUGCACUUUAAAACUGGAAAAUUAAGCUUUUUGUUGACACUAUUAUGAGGGGGGAGGGGGGCGUGAGAACAGUUGUUCCCUAUUUCUGAAUCGUCUAUGCAUUUGUUAACAAACAGGAUCAGGGCAGCUUCUAUACUUCAAAAUGGCUAUGCUAUCUUUGUGGUUAAUACACUUCUGUUACGGAUUAGAAA